UUUUUUUGACGUUUGUAAGAUUCGAAAAUAAACAAAUACAUAACCAAAAUAUUUUACUUGAAUUCUAAUUGGAACUUAUUUUCAUCGAUUGUGUUGCGAUAGUAACUUAACCAAAUAUUAAAUAUUACCGCUUAUUAUCUAAAAUGGCUGCAAACACUUAUAAAUAUUUUAUUUUGACCGGAGAACCUGGAGUCGGCAAGACUACGCUGACAAAGAAAUUGGUAGCGGAUAUUGCAGGCAAAGGUGUUAAAACUUCAGGAUUCUAUACUGAAGAAGUCAGAUACGAUCGGACUAGAGAGGGGUUUGAUGUAGUGGGUUUGGAUGGUGCUAGAGGCAGAUUGGCAAGAGAUCAGAGCCUAUUGGAUAUUCCCGUCAAGUAUAAAGUAGGGAAAUAUGGGGUUCUAGUCGAAGAAUUUGAAAUUAUUGCUUUGCCCUCUCUUGUGAAGCCAAAUAACGCUCAAGCUCACUUACUGGUCAUAGAUGAAAUAGGAAAAAUGGAGUUCUUUAGUGAAAAGUUCAAGAAAGUUAUACAAACAAUUUUUAGUCCUUCAUCAGAAUACACAGUACUGGCCACUAUCCCUAUUAGAAAAAGUGACAAAUUAAUUGAGUCUAUAAGAAACCAUAGCCAAGCUAGAGUUUGGACGGUGACAAGAGAGAAUAGAAACAGUAUCCAAGAUGAAAUUCUAAAUGAAAUAAAUAAAACAAUUAAAUUCUAAUCCAGUAUUAUUUAUUAUAACAAUACAUGCAAUAAUUGUUAUUGUAAUAAUAGCUACAUGCAAUAAUAAUUAUUAAAGCUUAUUUACCAAUUUAGAAUUGGUUGUAUGUAACCAUUUGAGCACCAAGAAUCUUUAGUCAUUCUUUGACAUUAGGUAUACAAAUAUUUGAACAUAGCUGCGAUUAAUAUGGAAGUACAAAUUGAAUAGAAAUCAAGAAAUAAACUAAUAAAUAAAAUGUUAA